AUGGCGUCGCUUUCAGUCAUGGAUAAGCAAGCCUCGCACACGCUGCAGCCUCCCUCUGUAAAGUCGUCAGUAUCUUCCACUGGUGUUGUGAAGACAUCACAUAGCACAACAUCUUCCGCUGGUGCUGGAAAAUAUGUGCAAUCAUCGCCAAGCGGAUCCCCUUCGCUGAGGCAAAAAAUAACCAAUACUGCAGCGAAUAAUAUGGCAGUUAAACCCAUUCCAAUUUUAUCAAUUUCGUCGUUUUAUGAGUUAUCAGCCUACAUGCCGAAUGGAAGAAUGGAUCAUUUCGAAAAGUACCAUGGAAAAGUAUCUCUUGUCGUCAAUAUGGCUUCUUGUGAUAAAAAUACUAAGCAAGAACUUAUACAGUUGAAUGACUUUGCCACAACAUAUGGACCAAAAGGGCUUGUCGUUAUGGCUUUUCCCUGCAAUCAGUUUGGUAAAUUGGAACCUUUAGAUAACGAUGAAAUUCCUUUGUUUUUACAAAACGUGCGACCUGGGUCAAAGUUUGAACCAAAAUUUACAAUUUAUUUCAAAAUUGAUAUUAAUGGAAGUCACUCGCAUCCAGUGUUUGAAUAUCUUAAGGUAAAACAGCCAUUACCACAGGAUGAUGACGGCCAAAUCGUGCGAGAAUUAAGCGAGAUCAGUUGGCAACCUGUGUGCAGGAGUGAUGUCAGUUGGAAUUAUGAGAAAUUUCUAGUGUCGCAUGAUGGACAACCUAUUAAAAGAUACAAUCAUAAGACUGCAACGGAAAUCAUAAAGAGAGAUCUUGAAUCAGCCUUGAGACGCAUUCCAAAGGCUACCAGGGAGGCACUUCAGUUGCACCACUAA